AUGGUUCCAACUUUUCACGUUGACUCAAUUUUGGAGAAGAUCGUUGGUCCUUGUGGAUUGUGGCAGUGGUCAAUAGCUGUACUGCUUGCAGUUAGUACGGCUUCAUUGUCCACAUUUCCUGUGUUUGCCAAUUCAUUUUCACCUCACAGAUGCCGGAUGGAGGAUUCAGCUGAAGAAUACUUUGCUGCACAGAACUUUACAUUUGAUUACAUAGCAAGUCGAAUCGGACCCUGGCAUACGAGUGCUGGUACCAGGAUUAGCUCAGUAGGGGGAAACGACAUUGGUUGUGUACGCUUCCAGUUAGAUUGGAGUAGCGUCGACCUCAUAGCAUUCUUUGAUCCAAACAACACUUUUGUCAGAACCGAAAACAUGACCGUUGAACAGUGCCCUCUUGGAUUUGUGCAUCAAGAGAGUGCGAUGCAUUACCCUGGAAAUGUGAUUAUCGAUUUUGACACACGGUGUGCGAAAUCAUGGUUGGUACCAUUGGGAACAUCUGUUUAUAUGCUAGGUAUGCUCUUUGGAUUUAUUUUCGGCGGAUGGUUCGGUGAUCGUUUUGGUCGGAAACCAACAUUGCUCGGAUUUUCGAUUUUCGAACUCUGUUGUGGUGUGUGGACGUGCCUUUCUCCCAACUACGUUAGCUACGUCUUGGCUCGUUUCUUAAUGGCGAUUGGCAAUACUGCGCAAAUAAACGUUUCCAGUGUGCUGAUCAUUGAACUUACAGUGGCCCGAUAUCGUUCAGUUUUAACUGCUCCCCUCUCACUUGGAAUAAAUUUCAUACACCGUGGACUGAUGGCUUUUGAAGCUUACAUGAUACCUCAAUGGAGGUGGCUGCAUUUAGCGGUUAUGAGUCCAAAUUUACUGAGUGUAUUAUACUUUUUCUACCUACCCGAAUCUCCUCGAUGGCUUGUGGCUAAUAACCGUCCGAACGAAGCUAUACGAGUACUUCAGACUGGUUGCCGCGUUAACAAACGGAAGUCAAUGAAAGCGGUUGAAAAUGAUUUUGAAAAUGUUUUAUCACCUCCAGAAGGAUUUGAAAAUCAAAUUGGUGAGCAGAUUUCACGGAGGAGCGCAAGUAACCAAAAAUCUACCAUUCUGAGACCGUUUUCGACCCCAAAACUUGCUAAAACCACUUUGCUUUGUUGUUUUAUCGUUACAGGUAUUGUCAUGAGUUUUUUCGGUCUGCUUCUCUAUGCAAGUGAAGUGCGAACCAUAGUCUAUUUGGCUGCAUUUUGGAAUGCAUCGUCCUCUGUUCCGGCUAUACUAUUAUCGUCCUUGGUAUACCGUUACACAAAGCGUCGCAGACUGCCGCUCGCAUGCAUCAUUGGGUUGAGCAGCUGUACACUGAUUUUCGGCGGUAUAUUUACGACUUUUGGUCAUCUUCGUUCGGAUUUACUUCUGACCGUCUGUUCGAACAUCGCACUAGUGCUUCUUAACUCUUCCUUAUGUAUGUGCUAUGUGUACAUUCCGGAAUUGUUUCCCUCAGACAUUCGGACAAAUGCUUUCGGAACGGUAUUGGGGCUUGCUCGUGUUGGCAGCAUCAUAUGCUCUUUCGUUAACGAACUGGAUCGAUACGUUAAGCACGGGGUUCCCUUGCUUGUCUACUCCAUUGUCCUUGUUGUUGUUUGGCUGAGCAUAUUCCUGAUGAAAGAUACCAGCGGGGAGAAUCUGCCCGACAGAGGGGAUGAGGAGCCUUCGUACGACUGUAAUAGUAUCACGCAGCCUACUGACCCAACUUGA